AUGACCAGCGUCAACCAACAGGGCUUCCUCAUCACCGACACGUUCAGCUUCGGGACGAGCCAAGUCCCCGACGUGGUGUUCGGCUGCAGCAUCGACAUCAUGGAGAAGGACCUCGCCGGCGCCUCUGGCUUCGCCGGCUUCAGCAGGGGGGCCCUCUCCCUCGUGUCGCAGCUGGACAUCUCCAGCUUCACCUACUUCAUCGCGCCUCUCGACGAACCAGCCGGCGAGAGCUUCGUUAGCUGGAGCUGGGGCGCCGACGACGGCCUCGACAACGCCGGCGCGCAGAUGAGUACUGCAGGGGGCAGCACGCCCCUGCAGGCGGCCAAAGAGAACCAGAACCCCGACUUGUACUACGUGAAGCUUACCGGCGUGAUGGUUGAUGGCCAGCUCCUGACGUCCAUCCCGGCGGGGACCUUCGACGUCCAGGCGGACGGCUCCGGCGGGGUGUUCCUCAGCACCACGCUGCAUGUCACCUACCUCGAGGUGGCAGGAUACAGAGCCUUAAGGAGGGAGCUUGUGAGCAGGUUCCGGUCGGAGGGCAUGGCGCCGGUGAACGUCGCCGGCGACCUCGGCCACCUGUGCUUCCUCACCGAGGACUUCACCAGCGCCAAGGUUCCCAGGAUCGCGCUUGUGUUCGACGGCGACGCUGCGAUGGAGCUCAAUGUGGAGAACUACUUCUUGGCUGUCACCGGCGGGCAGACGUGCCUCACCAUACUGCCGUCAAGAUUUGGGUCUGUACUAGGCGUCCUGCUUCAGACGGGCAGGAACAUGACCUACGACAUCCACGGCGGGCAGCUGAAGUUCCAGGCAACGACGGCCAUGGUCUCGGCGGGUGCUCCGGCGCCGAAGCCGGUGUCGCUCAUGAUAACGGCCACUCUACUAGUGCUAUUAUUGUUCGGCCCAAGAAGCCCUUUCUAA